UAGGUGGAUGUUAAUUUUACGUUGUUUACAUUUUGCGAAAAAUCCAGCACAAGAUGAUGCGCCCCAACCUAGCAAUCGUUUGUAUAAAAUUAACCCUCUUCUAGAUAUAUUUCAUGAAAAUAUCGAUCAAAUUCAAUAUCCAACAAGAGUGUUUGCUAUAGAUGAGUCCUGUGGAGAGGCUGUUUGGUUUUUCGUCAAUUUAUUCACGGAAAAAGACAUAAAUAUGGAAUUAAAAUGUAUGUUCUGACAGAUUCAUUGGGAUUUGUUUUAAAAUGUAUAAUUUAUUCUGGUUCAAAUGAUACUGAAGUUGGAGGUAAAGGUCAUGUAACUAAUGUUGUGAAAAAAUUAUUAGAAGGCAAAUUAGGAGUUGGUCAUAGCAUAUACAUGGGUAAUUAUUAUAAUAGUGUGGAGUUAGCUCAAUACCUUUUAAACAAUAAUACAUAUUGUACUGGCACUUUGCGUGCAAAUAGGAAGAAUAAUCCUCAAGAAGUAAUUAAAAAAAAUUUAAACAAAGGAGAAAUGAUUCAAAGGUUUAUUCAAGAGGAUACUUGUAUAAUGAAGUGGAGAGAUAGGAGAGACGUACUAGUAAUAUCAACAGAAUAUGAUGGAACUUUGGUGGAAGAAAUUAAUAAAAAGGGAAACCAAAUUACAAAACCGAAAGCUAUACUUCAAUACAACAAGUUUAUGGGGGGCAUAGAUCAUUCAGAUCAAAUGUUAUCCUAUUACUCAUGUGAACAUAAAACUAUGAGAUGGUAUAAAAAACUAGGUAUUCACAUUCUCCAAAUUAUUUUAGUAAACAGCCAUAAUUUAUUCAACAGUGGAUCAAAACUUAAUUUAUACGAUUUUCGUUUGUCUGUCAUUAAAACAUUGAUAAAAGAAGGACUGGAAACUACUUUAGCACCACGUUUUACUCCUCAACCCAAAACAGGAAAUGACUAUCCUAAAAUGGUCGAAAGAAAUGAAAAGAAAAAGAAAAAAGUUCGUCGACGCCAAGAGUGUAUUAAAACCAAAAAACGUUCGGAACCUGAUAUCUACUGCCCAACAUGCCCAGGUGAGCCAGGACUCUGUGUCUACCCAUGUUUCAAAAACUACCACCAAUAAAUAAAAUUAUUGUUUUAAAUGCUCUGCAAAUUAAGAAAUUGUUAUGUUUUUUUUUAGGUUAAGAACAAAGGUACUUUUUAUUUUAUUUUGAAUGUUGUAAUAUUUUAUUUAAAGGAAAAUACAAUAAAUACAUUAAAAGUUAUGAAUGUUGUUUUUGCUGCUAAUUGCUAACAAGAACAGGGUAGUUCCAGAAACUUGAUGAAUGUUAACCCAAGCCCCCCCCCACCACCCUGGAACCACCCCUGAAUAUGUAAUAACCCUUUGAAAAUAAAAAAUACGCCCUUUCCCAGAAAUAUUUAUGAAUAAUUACAUCACCAAGUGCGCCUGUCGGCGAUAUCUGACACUAAUAAAUUGUCCGAAUUGGUGGCACGCUCCUAGCGAAACAUCGAUAUAUUUGUGAUGCAUCGAACGUGUCGCAACUAAUUAUUUGAUGCAGUGAAUGUGUAAAGGAAAAUUUAAAAGCAAAUGUAAUAAUUUAAGGUUUUAAGAUUCAGACUUAUGUGAGUUCAGAAUCAGUUUACUUUAAUUUUUUGAGAAAUAUUAUAAAAGAUAAAACAAAAUAAAUAUUUUAUUACCUCUGGAGUAGGAAUAUAUAUAGCAAUUAUGUCAAUUAAAUGAGGA